CUAUGCAAAAUAUCCUUGAAAAUAUAGUUUUAAAGUGUUCCGAAAAUUCAUGCAAAAGUAUAAGCAAUAAGGAAGAACAUGAACAAGUAUGGAAAAGUGGAAACAUAUUACCCCAAUGUUCAGCAUUGUCUUCCUCUUCAUUGACAGUAACAGAUAUUUACAAAAUUAAUACAAAUAGUGAUAUUCCUAAAGAACUAGAAUAUGCAUUUGCUCACUUUGCAAAGCUAAAAAUGGCAAAAAACAAUUCACAUUCAUUUGAACUUCCUUCUGGCGGUCCAAGGGCUACACAGUUUUCAGUGACUACAAAGAGCUUUAAAACAUCAACUGAGAUUAGUCAGAAAACCAUUUAUAGACGUCAAAAGCAACUCCACCAAUCGCUAAUAGAUAAUGCAGGACCAACAAAAAAGGCAAAAAUACAACAAGUAGCACUUAUGCUCAAUUCUUUUAAUAAAAACAAUAAAAUUGAUAUUCUAAAAAAAUCAAAUCUCUCCCAAGUUGAGAUAGGACCAGAAGAUAUUGUAUCACUUAAAGCAGACUGUGGUUUACCUUGGGAAAAGAUGAAAAAAAUGAUAAGAUUUUUCCAGACAAAAAAUGUCAAAUUACCCUCACUUUCUAAUCAACGAAAAGUUGCAAAAUAUUGGUCAGGUAACGAUUUGAUUGUUGAAGAUAAAGAACUGCUGUUUGAAUUAAAAAACAAAAAAGGAACUUUUGAAUUGAAAGAUACACCUACAGCAUAUAUUAAUGAUUUGCCAUCACAUUUAAUCAAGGUACUGGAUCAGUUAGAAAGAUAUAACCAACUAACAUUUGAAAAGAUAACUCCUAGUGAAAUACAUAUAAAGAUUGGUGGUGACCACGGAGGUGGUUCAUUUAAAAUGAGCUAUCAGGUAGCUAAUGUUGCUACACCCAAUUCAAAAAAUAAUACGACUGUUUUCAAUAUAUUUGAGGCCAAAGAUUAUAGAGCAAACCUCAAAAUUUCACUCUCAAGACACAUAGAUGAAAUUAGACAGCUUCAAGCAAUGAAAUGGAGGGAAAAAUGUUUGCGUGUAUUUAUAUUUGGUGAUUAUGUAUUUUUGUGUGCUAUUUAUGGCAUCACAGGAGCAACUGGUCGUCAUUGCUGCUUAUUCUGUGAAAUCACAUCAAGUGAAAUGCAAUUGAACAUUGAAGCUAGAACGCGACCGAUUCUUUUGAGAACGCUUGCAAUUUUAAAAUCAGAUUAUGAACGAUUCAAAAAUGAUGGAGGCAAUAUCAAACGUGCAAAGAAUUUCAAUAAUGUAAUUGAUGAGCCGUUAUUUGAUAUACCAAUUGAACAGAUAGCAAUACCAGCUCUACACAUCUCAUUGGGAAUAUUUUUAAAAUUCUUCAAAAUAUUAGAGGUAGAAUGUCAUCUCCUUGAUAUCAAACUAGCUGGAUUUCUAGCAAUAAAUGAUAAACACCUUGAAUCAAGUGAAUUUGACAAAUAUGUUGAGAAGCAGGCAGAGAUACAUCAAUUAGAAUAUGAUGUUGAUGAUAUAAAUACAAAAAUUCUUCUUAUUCAAGAUACAAUAGUCGUUGAAGUAUUUCGCAGCCCUAAAAAUACAGAGUACUUGCAGUUAAUGUACUCUGAGAGAAUUGCAUUGUUAAAAUCGAAGAGAAUAGAAAAGGAAGGAAAAAUUCCGGAAUGCUCAAAAUUUAAGUUAAUAGAAGGAAUGGGGCCAAUAUUAAAGGAAAUUGAAUCUGUUUUGCAGUCAUGUGGAGUACAACGUCAAGCUUAUCACAGUUGCUCGUUCGUUGGAAAUCAUGUUCACAAAAUGUUAAAGGUUGAUAACAUAAAAAAGUUAUGUGACUCAAUUUCUCAAACAGUUUUUAAUAAUAUAGCAGAUAGAGAACAUCCAAUUUAUAUGGAGGCGGUUGACAUACAGCAAAAAUUUAAAGCAUUAUUUCACAAAUAUUCAAAGUGCGACAAUGAAAUGAAUUCAUGUCACUUAUUCAACGAAGAAAAUAUAAAGAGUUUCGAAACAGCUGUAUGCGAACUAAUGAAGUUUUUUAGAAGCACUUGGCUUAAUGAGUCAAUAACUCCAAAAAUGCACUUGUUGGAAAAUCAUAUUGGAGUUUUUUUGAGCACAUGGGGAGUUGGCCUUGGGCUAUAUGGGGAGCAAGGUGGCGAGAGUAUUCAUGCCGAGUUUAAUAAUAUUGGAAGAAUAUACUCAACCAUGUCUGGUACGAGAAAACUAGAAUGUAUCAUGAGAGAUCAUUUUAUAAGAAAUAAUUUAAUUGCGAGUUCGUUAAAACCGCCAAUCGUCCCUCGAAGAAAAAAAAUUAUAUAAUAAAAUUUAUAGUUUAUAUAUAAUAAAGUAUUUAUGCAAAUUAUUAUUAUGCAAUAAUUAUGUAAUUAUCAAAUUUAUUGUUUAAUUUAUUUAUAUAUUUAUUAUGUUUAUAUAAGGUUCUUAAAGAUUUCGAAAUAGGUCGGCCCUAUUACUUUACGAUUAG